CAGCAGCAGCAGCAGCAACCGGCCAGGCUCGCCCUCCAGGAGCUCCGUGCCAGGACGCCUUUGCUUGUGGAGGGCUGGGAAAGGCCCCCUUUUGGGCCUACGAGAGCCACCGAUGGGGCAGGCAGAGGAGGCAACGCUAGGCCCAAGGAGGAGCACUCAAUGCUGACAGCACUCAAUGCCUCCAUCGCCGCCCCAGACGCCAGGCAUCGAAGACACCCCCCCCCCCUGCGAAACACGCCAUGACCGAGGCAGCCAGUGGGGGAGGGGGCAGCGGCACAACGGCGCAGGCUUAAGCUAAGGACAUGGUGACGGACUUUGAUGAGAGACAUGACGAGCACAUAGUAUUACUUCAGCAGAGAAACAGGAUAUUGAAACAACUCAAAAGAAAAGAUCCUCUGCAGAUCAGGCUGGAGCAGCUGGAACAAGGAUUUACUCUCUAUGUGAAUGGUGCCAACUCAGAACUAAGUAACCAUCACAAGAAAGUCGGCCCUCAAAACCUUUUCAGAGGUGGUACACAAACACCAAGGGCAAACUAUGCUGGUACAAGAGCCCUGUUAAGAGGAGAUGUGCAGGGGAGGAGCACACAGAGUGCCCCAAGUAAAAUCCAGCGCCGGGAGUGGCUCCAGAAAGCCGUGCAGAUCAAGACAGAAAGCGGCUCUAGACUCCAUAUUGCUCCUCCUCCUUCGUACUCCGAGGAUUUUGAACUGUAUGAAAGCCUAACCCUGCAGUCCAGUGACUGUGAGCAGAAUGACUCUUCCCAGAGCCUCGAACCUCCGGAAAGCACAGUCCCCAGUGACUUUAUCCUCUCUGGUCCAAAGGCGGAACAAAGCCUGAGCAGAGAUGCUGAAAAGGGAACGCUGCUUCUCAGCAUUGAGGAUGUGAAGGAACUCCGGAGGAGCUUGGAGUUCACUGUGAGUCAAACCCGGAUGGAAAAGGGCUGUUCGGAGGGGGAGGACUCUGACUCUGUGGAAGAGGACGUGCCCGCUGAGCCCUCUGAGGCGGAAGGGGCCCUGGCACAUCCCAGUGAGGGCGCCAGGCCAGGCCUCAGCGACGCAGAGCUUGGAAGGAGCUGCGGCGAAGCUCCCGGUUCUCUCGUCGUGCUGGAAUUCAAGCCAAACUGCCCAAGUGUGAAGAAAGAGCGAAGCCUUUCUGCAAAAAGGAAGGGCAGCGUGGAACACUACGUCCCCACCAGGCCCUUGAGCCACAUGGCCCGGCCCCUCUCUGCGGCGGAGUGCCUGCACCCGGAGGAACCGGAAGCAGCCCCCUCCAGGCCAAUAAGCCGGUCAGAAAGGCCGCUCUCAGCAACUCGAAAGAAUGUCUGCGCGAAAAAGGACCCUGCACAUUCGGCCUCCAUGGUCCUGAAAGCCGUGCAAGCAGAAAAUGAGACCCUGCAGAAGGAGAUUCUCUGUCGGCAGCUGGAGACUUCGGCUGGCUCCCCGAGGGCUGAGCUGGAGCCAGCCACUGGUGAAGAGCUGCCAUUGCUAUCCGCUCCUGCCACAGCUGAGCCUCCCAAACAGCAGCGGGAAGGAAAAGCCGUCUCCACGGCCAUGGAAAGGAUUGGACUCCUUGGGAACAGGCAGCAGAAGAAGCUUUUGAAAGUGCUGCAGGAGAUUGAGAGCCAGUCCGCCUGCCGUGGCCCUGAGCAGCCAGAGCCUCACCUUCUGGACCAGCUGGAACCGGAGAGGGAGGUCCGGGACGCCAUUUAUAUCACUCUCGAGAUCCUCUCCAACUGGGGGAGUGCAACGAGGGUGGGCCUGACCGAAGUGGAGUUCUUGGACUUGCGCUACGGGAAAGUGUUUGUGUCUCCUCACGAUGUAGACAUCCGGCACGCCGACUCGCCCGGAGAGCUGAGCUGCUUGGUCAACAGGAGCCUGAACGUCAGCAGAGACCAUCUCCCCUGGACGUGCCUCUUCCAGCCUCCUGUGCAGCUGUACUUUGUGGUGCGGAAUCCCAGUCUGUCAGACAACUUUGGGCUCUCCCAGAUCCGGAUUUGGAAUUACAGCGCCCCGGUUCUUGACGAUCUUGGUAUCGGAGCAAGGAACGUCCUCGUCUAUGUGGAUGGGGACCUCAUCUUUGCUGGAGAGCUGCCCAAAGGCCGUGUGACCUCCGAGGCCGAUGGCAGCAGCUGCACCACCAUUGUCCUCCCGGCAAGCACCUCGCUCCCUCCCAAGGGAAGGGCGGGGAGGGGCUGGCCCACUGAGGACCGGAGCCAGGAGCCUGGCGGGUUGUGGCCAGGCCUGAAACCUCCCUUGGAAGGAGAUUGUCCCCAGGAUAAGGGGAACUCCGUCUGUCCUGUUCCGCUGGAGGAAGGUCUCCAGGCAGCAUCAGACCCAGGUUCCACAGCACGUGCUGAGAGCGCCUUCCCAACAGAGGCUGCGGGACUUGACCAGCCUGAGGAUGGCCCUUCCCUGAGUGAGCAAAUGGAAAAACUUUCCGGGAGGAAGCUGUCUCAGUUGCCCGGUCCUGCUUCCCCUCCUUGGAUUCUGCCCCCGCCCGAGGCAAAAGGAGAGAGCCCGGCCUGCUCGGCUAAGCAGAGGCUGCCCCCGUGGCUUGCACCCGAGCCCCUGUUGGACCUGCAAGUCCAGCUGCCCCCCGAGAGCGUCAAGAGGGGCUCCCUGAGAACAACUGAUGGGAGCCCCCCUCUCCGCCACGCGGAGCCUGAGAGAUCCAGCAGUGGGGGCCCAGAUGUGGAUGGGAAGCGCCCUCCAGGGAGCGCAAGGAAAGGGAUUUCCGACCUGGACUUCCUGAGUCCGCUGCCCUCCAAGUGCAGUUGUCCAGCUGAGCUGCUUCCUCCAGGACGAAGUCUUGGAGGCGGAGGAAAGGAUGAGCCCAGCCAGGCCUUGUGCGGGGAGGAAGCGCCACCUGAUGCAGGUGAGGCUCCCCUGCCUGGCAAGGGCUGCGCGAGGCCCUCCCGCGCCAAGUGGUCCGGCUCCCAGGAGCGCGCUCUGCAGGACUCUUGGAAUUCCCUCCUGAAGUUCAACCAUUCGCACCGCGGCCGCAUCUCCAACAUGGAUUUCCAAGGGGACAUUUUCGAUGAGUUUCUCCAUCAGCAGAAGAUCAGCCGGCCAGGAAACCCGAGGCUCCGGCUCAGGGACGACGGUGGGCGGCCAAAGUGGCCGGAAGGCGAGACCUGCCCGGACCCGGAGGACGGGAGUGACUUCAAAAUCCCAGUCCUGCCCUCUGGGCAGCGCUUGAGAAUCGAGAUCCGGUCGACCUGGGGGGACCGGCACUACGUCGGUCUCAACGGCAUCGAGCUGUUCAGCUCCCAAGGGAAGCCCGUCCCCGUGGCCCACGUCAGCGCCGACCCGCCAGACAUCAACGUCCUGCCAGCCUACGGCCAGGACCCCCGCGUGGCUGCCAAUCUGCUGGACGGGGUCAACCGGACCCAGGACGACAUGCACCUGUGGCUGGCCCCCUUCACCCCCGGGAAGCCCCACCGCCUCUCCCUGGACUUCGCAACGCCCUGCGAGCUGGCCAUGAUUCGCGUCUGGAACUAUAACAAGUCUCGCAUCCACUCCUUCCGAGGCGUGAAGGACGUCUCCAUGCUGCUGGAUGAACGGUGCAUCUUCAGAGGGGAGAUUGCCAAGGCUUCUGGGACGCUGGCCGGAGCUCCAGAGCAGUUUGGAGACACCAUCCUGUUCACAACUGACGAAGAUAUUCUGGAGGCCAUCUUCUGCUACGAUGAGUCCUACGAUGAGGGAGCAGAAAGCGUCGGCAGCCUGAGUUACGAGGAAGAGCUGAAGAGGCCGAGGACUGCCGACGGAGAGGGGGAUGAAAGACCCUUCACGCAAGCCGGUUCCAGGACAGAAGUUGAGCGGAGCCAGAAGCAAGAGGCCGUGCCAGAGUCCGUCCCGGAGAUGGUGACCAAGGAGCCUGGUAUCUACGAGGGAAAGUGCCUUCUGCUCAACUUCACUGCUUCUUGGGGAGACUCGCAUUACCUUGGGCUGACGGGGCUCGAAGUGGUCGGAAAGGAGGGACAAGCGAUCCUGUUCUCUGCGGAUCAGCUCUCUGCCUCCCCUCGGGAUCUGAACGAUCUCGCGGAGUACACGGACGACUCCCGGACCUUGGACAAGUUAAUUGAUGGAACCAACGUCACCAUGGAAGACGAGCACAUGUGGCUCAUUCCCUUCUGCCCGGGGGAAGAUCACGUGGUCACCAUCCACUUCGCCCAAGCGGAAACGGUGGCCGGCCUUCGCAUCUGGAACUACAAUAAAUCCCCCGAAGACACGUACCGAGGGGCAAAGGUGGCCCAGGUGUGGCUGGACGGCUGCUGCAUCUCACCCCCAGGAGGCUUCCUGGUCCGCAAAGGGCCCGGCAACUGCCACUUUGACUUUGCUCAAGAAAUCCUCUUCGUGGACUACCUGGCGGGACCCCCGGUGACGCCCACACGUGAGCGGACGGAAGCGAAGAAGGCGGAGCAGGCCAGCAUGGACUAUGAGGCUCCGCUGAUGCCCCGCGGGUUCAUUUUCCAGUUCCAGCUUCUCACGAGUUGGGGCGAUCCGUACUACAUGGGCCUGAAUGGACUGGAGCUGUACAACGAAUGCGGAGAGAAAAUUUCCCUCAAUGAAAACAACAUUGCUGCUUUCCCAGACAGCAUCAACGUCCUGGAAGGUGUCUGUGGAGAUGUCCGGACGCCAGACAAGCUCAUCAAUGGCAUGAACGACGCCAACGACGGGAGGCACAUGUGGCUGGCUCCGAUCCUUCCCGGCCUGGUGAACCGUGUCUACGUUAUCUUUGACCUGCCCACAACAGUCUCCAUGAUCAAGCUGUGGAAUUAUGCAAAGACGCCCCAAAGAGGAGUCAAGGAAUUUGGACUCCUCGUGGACGACCUGCUUGUGUACAACGGCGUCCUGCAGGUGGUGAGCCACCUGGUGCAGGGCAUCCUGCCCACCUGCGAGCCCGAGGUCCCGCAUCACACCAUCCUCUUCACGGACGACGAGAAGGUUUGCCGGCAAGAGAAGAACACCGUCCUCAGCAACCACAUGGAAGACCAGGAUGUGCGGAUGAUGAACGAAAACCAGGUCAUCUCCUCUUCCCGAAAGAGGCAGGUGGCUGCUGACCCGGCUCUUCGGCCCAAAACCUGCAUUCAGGACAAAGGAUUGCUGCGGAGGACAAGGCCAUGAUGAGAAGAGGAUGGGGCUAGCGUCCCACAGCUGCUAGCCCUCGGCUACUUGGCCCCCUGCCUUGCUACCCAAGGGGCCUGGCUGCUUGCACAGGGAGCGACUCGGCGAGAAGACCCGGAUGGCGGCGUUGGCGGCGUCUGUGCCCCCGGGCCUGGGGCUGCUGCACCUGGAAGCCUCUCCUCCCCUCUGCUGCAGAGCCAUUAAAACUCUUCCCUGAAGCCCCGGCUUGCUGGUGCCUUGCCACGGGAGGCCUUGGCAGACGGCGGACGUGGGCCCGUGCA